UGCGGGCUGUGUCCACGGCUGGGCGGGUAGGCGGAGGAUGGAAGUGGGCUUAUCGGCCAUUACGGUUUAUCUCGCCAGCGCCAGCAGCCCUGUGGCGGCGACAACGAUGGACCGGGAGCUAGUGAGCCGUGCGGAAGGAGGAGAAGCAGUCGCGGCUUCGGGAGCUGUGGCCGCCGCGGCCGUCAGGGACUCGGCGCCGCAGAUGAGUAAUGAAAGAGGCUUUGAAAAUGUAGAACUGGAAGUCAUCGGAAAAAAGAAGAAAGUCCCAAGGAGAGUCAUCCACUUUGUCAGUGGUGAAACAAUGGAAGAAUACAGCACAGACGAAGACGAAGUUGAUGGCCUGGAGAAGAAAGAUGUUUUGCCUACUGUUGAUCCGACAAAACUUACCUGGGGCCCAUAUUUAUGGUUUUACAUGCUUCGUGCUGCCACAUCAACCCUCUCAGUGUGUGACUUCCUUGGAGAGAAGAUUGCAUCUGUUUUGGGCAUCAGCACCCCAAAAUACCAAUAUGCCAUUGAUGAGUAUUACCGCAUGAAGAAGGAGGAAGAAGAAGAAGAAGAAGAAAACAGGAUGUCUGAAGAAGCAGAAAGACAAUACCAACAGAGUAAGCUGCAGGCCAGUUCCAGUGUUCAGGCAGAUCAACCAGAAACAGUGGUAUCCAGUUCAUUUGUGAAUCUCAAUUUUGAAAUGGAAGACUGUGAAAUAAUUACAGAAGGCAAACAAAAUCCAGUCUCUGUCCCACCAUAGAAUGCAAUGACUCUCAAACGUCAAACUCUAAGGUGGUUUUUAUACCAGGAACUUUCACAUUCUCUAUUCAGUGGGACUUAAUACAGUUAUUUAUAUUAUAAAUGAUUGGAAAGGGAAAAAUGUUUCUUUAUUCUUAGGCUCUAACAAACAUCAGAUCUGAAAUUUGGAUAUUUGUACUAUGCUUUUAUUGUGUGUCAAAUUAGUGCUUUGGUUUGAAAAUGAUCUUACAUUUUAGAGCCCUGACUGCCAAUUAAGAGGAGUUCAAUUUUCAUGCUUGUCUAUUGUGUUUGUAUGAGAAAAAUAGGUUAAGUUGCUGAUUAAGGCUAAUUAGAGCUGAUAUUCCUAAUCUCAGAUGAAAAUGAGGAUCCCCCCCGAGAUUUUUUCAUGUUAUGUCUUAUUUAUAUAUAUAAUCAUUAAUUUCAUACUAAAGAUGGUUCACUGAGUAAUAAAAGGAGCAAGAUAAAAGCACUUUGAAUUUU